AGCAAACGUCACGGUUGAAGAAUAGACUUAGUUAUUAAUCGGGAACGGAGACUGCAUCCUUCUUGGUAGUUGCAAGGUUCUUUUCCUACUUUGAAUUUCGUGCGUACUAUUUAACGACUCCUUUUCUUCUAGAUAAAAGGAGAAAAAAGAACGCACAUGCACAAGAGUCAGUCAUACUGAGCUAAAUAUUGAGUUAACGUGUUGGGUGCAAUUACUAUGGUGGAGACUGGAAUGGUUCAGCUCCUGUGGUUUACUGCCACCUACAGCCAUGCGACCCACUCAACAACAGCGGCUUUUGAUCCAUUUCCUUUCUUCACCAGAAAAAACCCAUCUCUCUCUACAUACAUAUCUAUAUUUCCAGCCACAGAAAAGAUUUCAUCAGAAAACUACUCAUUCAAUCUUUCUGAAUUAUCGUUUCAAAUCAGUCCAUAAGUCUAUUACUGAACCAUGUACCAAAACGAUUACCAGAAAUUCUCGGCUUCACCUCCGCCCUCAGCGCCUCCUUAUACCUCCAUUCAACCAGAGGUGGCCACUGGUAUUCCGAUUAUCUCCACCGGCAAUCUUCAACCUGGAACUGAGGUCCCUUGGUCCACCUGCCUUUGUGGUUGCUGCUCCGACGUCUCAAACUGUUGUAUUACGUGCUGGUGCCCGUGCAUUACUUUUGGGCGGAUCGCUGAGAUUGUUGAUAAAGGAGCAGUGAGUUGUUGUGCAAGCUGCGCCGUUUACGCAGCACUUGCAUGUUGUGCCUGUCUCUUCUCCUGCUCCUACCGCACCAAAUUGAGGAAGCAGUUCAUGUUGAAAGGGUGCUCAUGUGGAGACUGCCUUGUUCAUUGCUGUUGCGAGACAUGUUCUUUGUGUCAGGAGUACCGCGAGCUCACUCACCGUGGUUUCGACAUGUCCCUGGGAUGGGAAGGAAAUAUGGCGAGACAGAAUAUUGGAGUGGCGAUGGCUCCCGUGGUGGAAGGAGGCAUGCGACGCUAGUCUAGCGUUUUUGGACCAGACGAUAUUAUGGUAGGUUGUGCUAAAAUGAUUUCACUACCGAAUCAAUAUUACCAAUCAAUUUCUUUUUAAUCGUGUUAUAAAUGCUUGUAAUGGUGAAUGUUAAUCACCAUUGUAUUAAUUUACAGUUAUGAAAAUUCCUCUUAAUCAUGAUUACUACAUGAUUAUACCGUAA